UUGAGACAUUUUCGCCGGCCAUGCUCUCUGUUUUCUAGUGUUGGAAAUCCACCACACUCAUUUCUCUCAAAAGGCUGAGUUGCAAACUAGGAGAUCCCAUUUCUCCGCCCCCCCCCCUCCUAUCUUCCCAACAGCUCCAAAUCGCAAUCCCAAACUCAACCUUAUUUUGAUAGUUUAAUUAAUUUCCAAGGAUCUAAUUGGGUCCAUCCUUUUUUUUCUCCUUAGAAAAUAUGGUUGGCUCAAGUUCAUUCCUCUGGUUCAACCUUAGCUUAGCCUAUAUAUUGUUGCUUUGCUCGAACAUUUGCUCGGUCCGGUUCAAUCAUCCCGAGCUUUAUUUGUCUUCACAUGACUUCCAAAUAUCUGCUACUCCCCAGACCCGGAAAUACAACUUUCGAGUCACAAAUACUGUCGGUGCACCAGAUGGGUUCAGCAAAACUAUGUUGGUCAUCAAUGAUCAGUUCCCAGGUCCAUUGAUCGAGUGCAAUGAGGGCGAUACUUUGCAAAUUGUCGUCCAGAAUGACUUGGAUGUCGACGUCUCAAUUCAUUGGCACGGGAUCUGGCAAACUGGAACACCCUGGAUGGAUGGAGUCACUGGCGUCACGCAAUGUCCCUUACCGGCUAAGAGCUCCUUUACCUACAAAUUUACUGUUCGGAAUCAGUUUGGAACAUUUUGGUAUCAUGCACAUGCUCGUAACUUGGCGAUAGACGGUGUAGCCGGUCCUUUGGUUGUUCACAGUCCACGGGAUCCUUUGGUUCGUGGGAAGAAUUACGACAAUGAUAUUAUACUCUUCAUUUCAGAUUGGUAUCAUAAUACUAGUACGGUUAUUCUCGAUGGCACCUUGUCAGCCUCGGGAUACUUCGGUACUCAAGCUGCACCGUCUGCCAACAGCGCAUUGAUAAAUGGAGUCGGAAUCUUCAACUGCUCUUUUGCAACUCGAGGAUCAAGAUGCCAAACACCUACCAAGCCCCUCGAAAUAACUUUGCCCCCAAACCAAAAAACUCGUUUUCGGCUGAUUCAAGCAGGAAGUCACGCCAUGUUCUGGUUUUCCGCAGACCAGCACCCUCUCACAGUCGUCGAAGCUGACUCCAUAGGGGUUGUCGGUCCCAGCAAUUUGCACCGUCUGCAAUUCCAUAACGGACAAAGAUACAGCGUAAUUAUCGAUACGCAGGCGGACAAGGUGGGCAGUUCGUUUUACUUGCGAGCUGCAAUGGACACAGAUUGUUGGGCCUGGCUCGCCCCGGGGAUACCUGGUCCAGAUGCGACCGCGCUCGCAAUUGUCCGAGUAGCUGCAAAGAGUUCACAAAAUUUAAGUCAACAGCCUCCAAGAACUCAAGAUUGGGGCGACACGGUCGGUGGAAAGUGCAUAGAUUUGAACAUUGAUACAUUGAAGCCGAUUAUCCGUCAAAAUGCUUGCACAAACGUCGUGGACACCUUGUACUUCAAUACCAGUCUGGGAACAAUCAUUCGUCCAAACCCUCGAAAUCGAACCAAAGUGGAUACUUUGAGCAGGUUUUUCGUGAAUAAUGCCACCUGGACAACGUUCCGAUAUCGACCACUGCUUCAAGACUUGGCGCAAGGUGGUAAAGGGUAUUUAAACGGUACUGAAGUCACAGCUCUCACUCUCAAUAAACCUGGAUGUUACAAUAUCGUGUUGAAUAACUUGGAUGCUGGUAUCGAUCAUCCCCUACAUCUUCACGGAGUGGAUUCCCAUCUUGUCGCGCAAGGUUCCGGAAACAUAGGUCCCCAAAACUUAGCUCAAGCCUCUAUCAAGAUCGACAAUCCUCUACAGAGAGAUACCUUCGUUGUCGGUGGCGGCAGCUAUCUAAUCUUGCGAGUUGAAGCAAACAACCCUGGCGUUUGGAUUUUGCAUUGCCACAUCGGAUGGCAUUUAGCCGCUGGAUUUGCGGGGGUGGUUGUCAUGCAACCAUCGGCGAUUUCCAAAUUCAAAAUCCCCGCCGCCAACCAAGCUCUUUGUUCUGGAAAGACAAAUAGCAACAUCAACACUACCGAGCCUGGUCGUUUGAACUCAAGACUAUAAAAUUGUUCUCAAUCAGAAUUCUGCGCCUUGUAACUUGGAAAGUGGAUCACUAUUUAUCUAUAAAUUGGGUAUUUAUAGUUUCGGUUCGAGUCUAGAUGAUUUGCAAUUCCAUCCUUCACCCAAAUAUUGCCAUGCUUUUAAGGACUACCAACAUAAAAUUUAGCUUGUUCUCUGCGUGAAUUAUAUGUAGUAGAUUAGCAUGGUAAAAUUUUUACAACAAUUCAAACUCAUUGUGGACAAAACUUCUUAGGCACCGUUUUACAAAG